GUCACCAACAACCACACUUUUUGGAUACGCCAAAGAUAUCGGGUACAAAAAUAUAAAUACAUUCCUGUAAGCACGCAGUUCCUUAACAGUUGUACUCCUUGACUCUGCUUACCGAAACGAACACAGUGCACGGAAGGCGCCAUUGUUUAAGCAGCACUCCUUGCCCUGGCUCAGUAAACCCAUCCCCAGUGUAAACGGAGAUGAGACUCCACCCCUCCCUGCCCUGUCGUCUCCAGUGACUCCCAGUAGGGAAAAGAAAGUUCAGUGAUUCCUACGGCCCCUUUGAGUGCACCUAGAGGGCCACCUUUAAAGUCUCCCGGAGUUGGAGAGGGACCGCAAGGGGUACAGAGGCAAUACACAGCUGGAUUUGCUUUUUGUACUUUGGGACUGGACGUGAAGAAAAUUGUGUUUUUUUUCUGUGAUUUGUAUGAGGAGCGUCUACUGCAAGUUUUAGGCGGAAGAAAAACCCCAGAGUUGGGAGGAAGGUGCAUUUUACCACCUCCCUCCCGGGAGUUACAGUUUUAUCAGAAACAGGCUGGUACAAAACACGGUUCACACCGAAAACAGACUUGUCUCAUUACUGAGAACCAACCAGACGAAAAUACGAUGGGGUGUUGCAUGUCUGCAGAAGAAAAGGAAUCUCAAAGGAUAAAUGCAGAAAUUGAGAGACAACUCAAAAGAGACAAAAGGGAUGCUCGUCGAGAGCUGAAGUUACUUCUGCUAGGCACUGGAGAAAGUGGAAAGAGUACAUUCAUUAAACAGAUGAGGAUUAUUCAUGGUGCGGGUUACACUGAUGAUGACAGAAAGGCCUUCAUAAAGCUGGUUUUUCAAAACAUAUUUACUGCCAUGCAGUCUAUGAUCAAAGCCAUGGAGGCACUUGGAAUACAGUACAAGAAUCCAGAGAAUGCGGCAAAUGCAGAGUUAAUCCAAGAAGUAGAGGUGGAUUCAGUUACUACACUGGAUAACCGGUACUCAGUUGCAAUCAAAACAUUAUGGGAAGAUCCUGGAAUUCAGGAGUGUUAUGACAGAAGGAGGGAAUACCAAUUGUCAGACUCUACAAAAUACUACCUGAGUGACUUUGAUCGUAUUUCUGCACCAGGAUUCAUACCAACUCAGCAAGAUAUUCUUCGAGUGAGAGUUCCUACUACAGGCAUCAUUGAGUACCCUUUUGACUUAGAUAAUAUUAUAUUUAGAAUGGUUGAUGUGGGAGGUCAGAGGUCUGAGAGACGUAAAUGGAUUCAUUGCUUUGAAAACGUUACCUCCAUUAUCUUCUUGGUGGCGCUAAGUGAAUAUGAUCAGGUCCUGGCUGAAUGUGACAAUGAGAAUCGCAUGGAGGAAAGUAAAGCCUUAUUCAGGACGAUUAUUACAUAUCCAUGGUUCCAACAGUCUUCAGUCAUUUUGUUUUUAAACAAAAAAGAUCUUUUAGAAGAAAAAAUAGUGUAUUCUCAUGUAGCUGACUAUUUCCCAGAAUUUACAGGAUCUAAACAGGAUGCAGUUGCAGCCAGAAAUUUCAUUCUGAAGAUGUACCAGGAUCAGAAUCCAGACAAAGAAAAGGUCAUUUACUCCCACUUCACAUGUGCUACAGACACAGAAAACAUCCGCUUUGUCUUUGCUGCUGUCAAGGACACCAUUCUACAAUUAAAUCUUAGAGAAUUCAAUUUGGUGUGACGGUCAUGGAUAAUUCACUGUACUGACCAUUGCACUUGGAGGACUUUUAUAGUAAAUGAGUUUGUGUAACUUUGUCCACCUAUUAUUGAUCUAAACACUGUAACAUAUACUUCUGCCAAAGGCACACUGUGAUAAUAGCAUUUCUCAUAAAUGUAGUUUUUACCUAUGGAAUCCAUAUUCAUAUGGUUGCCUUCAGUUUAGUCAGUUCUAGGAAGGAAUUUUAAUAGUAGAGCUAUACAAAGGCAUCUUAAGUUUACUGAAUUUUAGUAGUAAUGUCAUAACUGUAUCUUUUAUAGCUCCAUCUCAGUUUUUUCUAUAGGAAUUUGUGUGAUAACUCUUAAUUUAUAGAAUAUUUAAUGUAAGUCUUUUUAUAGAGUUAUGCACAAAAAACAGCAAAAACCACUUUGCAUUCUGUUUUCUAUUUCAGUCACAUAGCACAAGCCAGCGUUGCCUUAGAAAAUGAAAUGCUAAACUAUUCCAUAGUCUAGAAUAUUCUCAUGUUUAAAUAUAAAAAGCAUCUUAUUUGUUAUUUUUAGAGGAGAUUGGGGUAAAUAUUAUAAAAAGUGAUAUAAAAUUAUAUUUGGGAAUAUGUUUUCCACUGGUGACUUGACCUAAAAGGUUCAUGAGGGUUUUUUUCUGACUACUGUACAAUUUUUAAUUUUCAGUAAAUAAUUGUACUUUUUAUUUCAGCUUCCAUGUAAACAGUAAAAAAUGGCAAUAUACGGUUUAAAUGGAUGUUCUUAAAUUAAUUGCUCGUUAUAAAUCUAAUGCCAAAGCAAAGAAACAGGAAGCUAUCCCAUUGCUUUGGAAAACAAUGGUAUAACACUACAUAGAAAAUUGUAAAACGUGCUAUGGACUCUACAGAAGAAUGUAAAUAUGUAUUUCUAAGUAUCAAUGGUUUGACCUCAGCAAAUGCUUGUAUAUUUAAUUUUUUUAAUGUCAAUGCAGUACCAGAACUGAAAGAUUGAUUUCAAAUGCAGUUCUAGUUUUAUGGUUUUAAUUUAAAUUAUUAUGUUACCAUUGAAGAUGGUUAAGGGAAAUUGUGUUCUUUUUUCCAAAUGUUUUUCCUUUUUUUAACAAAAUUGAAUGCAUUAAUUCAUUUAAACUUCCAGUGAAUGUUCAUAUGCUGAGUAUAGUUUGCUGUUGUAGUUUACCACACUCUGGUUCUCAGUUGUUAGUUUUCUACUCCCGUUGCACAGCUGUGUUAAGUAUGGUCUCAGUAUAUAUCUAGUGAUUGUUUGCAUGUUAUUACAACAUAUAUUUUCUGAUAGCUGACUGUGAGGAACCAUGAGUAAAGUGUAUAUAUCACAAUAACAGCCACAUUCUGCACAUUGUGCCAUUUAUUUAACUCUACUACCUACCAGCAUUCUGCAUCAGUUGCCGAUAAAUGAUUGAGCAAAUGAUGUUGCUGGUCUCACAGCUGGACCAAAGCAAGAACAUUUAAGAUGAGUUGACAUGAAAUGUAGUGUCUGUGCUUUUUAAUAAUACCUUUGGGCUCACUUUUAAAUGUUUGAAAUAGAAGAGAAUAUUUAUAGCACUCUAUCUUUAAAAUGCUCACUCUCUUUUUAUAGUUAUUUUAUUUUUACCAUUGAAUGAAGAUACAAGAUUUUAUAUUUCCACUACACUGGUAAACAGUGAAAUGUGAAUUUUAAAUAUUUAAAUAUAAAUUACUUUUUUUGGUUUGCAGAUUUGUAAGGCUGGCAGCCAGAAGUGAGCAGUAGUUGUAUAACUACAUUAUUUUUUGCUAAAAGUUGCCCAUGCGGGGUGGUAGAGUGGCUUAACUCGGGACAAAUUAAUGAUUGCUUUAGAUAGCUUGUUUAAUCUGAUGGAACAAGUCACUCUGUAAAUAACUCAAAUGUCUCUAAGGUACUGCCUGAUGUUAAGGUAUUUGAGGAGUUUUUAAUGUUACCACCAAAUAUGGAGCAAUAUGGAGCACACUGGGAAACUUGUUCAGUCAAAGCAUUGAUUGCUUAAAAAUGUAAUUCCUUGUUGUUUACAGUAUAUCUGAUUUUCAGAUUUUUUUUUAUAAAAAUGUAAAGGACAAAAGCAGGUGUGUUGGUAUAAGCUAGUUAUGUGCAUCUCUGGUGUUUGAGAUAAAAGGACAGACAAGUGCCAGUGGAACAUAAGAAGCACAUUACCCGGAUGUGACCAUACACCCUGAUUGCAUUACCUCACAUUUAGAGUAGCCUUUUAUUUACUGUUUACCACUUCUAAAAAUAGUCCAGCAUUUUGGAUAUUUGAUUGGUGACACCAUCUUUUUAGAGAUAGUAAACUACAUUUACCAUUGCAUAAAGGUCUGUUUUCGAGAGUUACACAAAAUUAACUUACUAUCAUUACAAAACUGGCAACAAGUUUGCUAAAACUGUAUGUAUUAAAAGUACUGUGAAGAACCUUAAGUAAGGCGUAUAUACUUGGGGGCAAAUCCAAACUAAGUUCUGUGAUAUCAGAAAAAAAUUAAAGUAGCUGCAAAUUUGUAAAACAUGCAUUUGUAGUGCUGCAAACAAAACUGUCCUUAAGGAUUGUGUGUGCGUUAUCAUAUUAAGCAAUAUACUUGUACAGUAUAUCAUUGAGCUGUGUCUUCUGAAUCACUUCAGUGCAUAAAGAUGAUAAACACAAAAAGUGUUACAUACAGCCAAGAAGCUUAAUGGUGUAAGAUGCAUCUUUUUUUUAUUUUUUUUGUAAUAGUUCAAGUGUAUAAUAGCUUUAAUCCAGCCAUACCUGUUUGGGCCUUCUUGUUUUACCCAUUGCUGGUUUAGUUCAUUUGUUCAGUCUUAACCCCAACACUGAUUGUUCUAGUCAAAAUCUGUAAUAUAUGGUGUACGUACUUUCAGAAUAUAUGGAUAAAUCAGCAUCAUUUAUGAAGAUGUUACUAAUGUUACAUGAAUUCCUUACACAUUUUAGCAACAUGGGAGUAUAAUGGAUAUCCAGUUACAAAUGCAGUUUGUGUCUGCCACUGCAGACACACAGACAACACACACUCGCAUAUUUGUCUAUGGAUGAAUUUGGAUGGGAAAAACUGGAUUAUUGAAAUUCUUGGCUUAUCAGAAAACACAGUUUGUUCUAAAUGGCAGCAGUUUUAAGUUAUGAUACUUCUAAGUGUGAGUCCUGGAAUAAAAUACCUGAAUUUGUAGAACUGAGGAGUUUACAUGUACUGCUUCAGAGAUAACUGUGUAUCAAAUAUGACAGUCUCAGACUUAGUAUGCAUUAGUAGUGGUGAUGAGGAGGGUUGCAGUGGGCCUUGCCCCUGACAAAAAUAAAUGUAAAACAGAACAGAGGUUGUCAGCAUUCACUGUUCUUACUUAUUUUCAGGAGCUGUAAUUACAGGUCUCAGAAUGCCUUCAGGAAGCCAAUCUAAACAGUGUUUUACUGGAAGUGAAUGAGGAGAUUCCUCUGUCACAGUCACCGAGAUGCUCAUCAGCUACUAGGAAAACAGAUGCUACAUAGCUUCAGGUGGAAAAGAUGGUCAUCAGUACAGAAGUCAUUAGAUGAUCAUUUACUCUCAGCCUUGGGGCUAUUUAUAAAACAGUGCUUGCAAGGAUUUCUGUUACCACCAUGCUAAGCAUUCAGUGGUCUGUAGAUAAGAGCAGUACCUCAAUUUCCUGCAAGUUUCUUACCAUAGAUAGCAUGCUGUAACUUCAUAACUGAAGCCUAAUUGUCUGUCGUCUAUUUCUUCAUGCCAUUAUCAGAAACAUCUCUUGAGACAUUCUUUAUGUAUUUUUAAUGUCAUUUUAAAAAUAUGUAUUUUAUUUAAAAUACAGUAUCUUCACAGCAAAUCUGCCUGAAGCCAGACUAAUUAAGCAGCACAAACUCUCUUGCACCUGGCUAUUGUUAAGGAUGUUUAAAACAUGAAUUUUCUCCCCACAGAAGUACCACCUUUGAAGGGCAAGUAAGCUGAAUUUUUAGAUUUACUCUCUAAAGUCAGUUGGUGUCCCUGCCUUUAGUCCCUCAUCAGUAUCAUCUUGCAGACAACAGGUAUCUUCUCCAAUUUUACUACCAAAAUGUCUUUCUGUAUGGGUAUAACUUCAAAGAUUGGAGAAUGUUCAGUGCAUGUAGAAGAAAUAUAGCAUCAAGAGUUGGCCUGUACUUGGGCAGACUUUACUGAAAAUUCUUGUAAUGCAGUACUUCAUCAUAAUGGUCUUUCUGCUCUCUACAACUGUUUCUCACUGUCAAGAAUUACAACAAGUGUGUGUGUGGUUGUGUGUGUAUUUUGCUGUUUUUGCAGUAGCUGUUUUAAUAAAUCCUUACCACUAAUUUUGGUGGUGCUAUGUCCUUUGGCUUGAUACACACAUUAUCACGUGCAGUGCCAGUUUUGAUUACUUGUACCUAUUUUGUUAUGCUAAUACUAUAUAUAAAUAUUAUGUAGGGACUGUCUGAACUCCUGGAUUAGUAACUACUUGGUUUUACUUUGCAGUUCCAUCAUAAUACCCCUGAAUGUCUCUAUCACUCCUGAAAAUUGCAGUUUGGAAUAGGCACAGAUACAUAAACAAUGUUUAAAACAUACAUGUUACUAUCCCUAUCUUUGAAUUUUGGGCUGAUUAUUUUCCUGAAGAGCAGUUUCUGCCCAUUUCAACACAAAAAGGCCUUUGAUGAGAAUACCUCACUAUGUAUGUUAUGUAUUGCACUGAAUAUUUAAGCUGUGGUGGAAAAGCUGUCAUUUAAACAUUCUCAUUAGUAUUUUCUUUAAUAAAUGUUUUUUUUUCUGGUUGUAUCGUACUGAUGUCAUUAUUUUAUAUUUUGAAGCUCUGGCUAUUUUUGCUGAAGUAGAAAUAAUCUGUUAAGUGACAUAGGUAAGUUAAAGACCAGCAGCUGUAUAACAAAAUAGCAGUGCCUGAUAUUACAUUAAGGGUAAUGUCUAACUAGAAUCAAGCUUAGACCACUGAGGAAACACCCAUCCAUGCAGUGCAAAACAGUUUGCAUUUAAGUGGUAUGUUGUAAUUAAAUCUUUAAAAAUAUUCAGAUGAGUCUGCAUUUUUUAUUAGUGCUUUUUGAUGAUACCUUGUUGUUCUUGGGAGCAAACUUGAAAAAGUUCAUAAGGUUAUCUCAGUUAACAGAAUGACUUGCACACUAGACUGGCUGUGGUCACCAUAUUUUUUGGCAAAUAUUUUAUGUAACAUCAAAGAAGAAUACCACUUGAAUGAGCUACCAGAAGUCCAGACCUAGGCAUGUUGUUAAGCUUUUCACUAAUACACAAGGAUGGACAAGUAUGUGAAUUUUAUUAUUUUUUAAUACUCUAAUUUCAGAUGUGUACAGUAUAGAUGUGUAUUUUGCAGCUCUGUAGAGCUGUACAUCCCUACUUAAGUGCAUUUAGAUGUAAGUAAAAAUAGAGGUUCUGCAUUGUUACAAAAUACACACUGGCAUCCAUAUCUGUAAUCUUUGCCAUUAUAAAGAUACAUUUUUUUAGUAAUCAUAUAAACAUUAUUGUCAUAUAAACAUUAUUAUUAUUUUUUUUAUUCUGACAAAGCUUAGUUCUGGGACCAGGAUCAAGCCAUAUAACUUUCAUCUGAAUGGUCUUCUGUUUUAAAAUCUGGGCACUUAAUAUGCUGAGUGAUAUUCUGUCUUGCUUAGUUUUAUUAUUUUUUUAAUCCAUAGAACUGGUAGUGCAGACUAUGUUAACAGUUUCUUUGGACUGAUUUUACAUUUGGGAUAUCUGUCAAGUCCAAAAGUAUGCAAAAAUGUUAGCUACUUUGUGAAAGCCAAGGUUUGUUUUGGAAGUGAGGUGAAGUCUUUCUGUAAUAAUGAGUUAUGUACAUUCAGUCAGGCUGUGAAGACACUGCUCUUUACAACCAUGACACAAGUUGUGCAAACCGAGGCUUUUGUAAUUGGUGUAUACAGUGUAUUUUAUUGAAGUUUGUUCAUUCUUAUGCCAUUAUAUUGUGAAGCCAGAUAGGUUUUAUGUUUGCCUGGUUUCUUUGUUUUAUGAUCCCAUUUGCCAUCCCAUUGAACAGGGCAUCAUGAAUUUCUUAUGCAAUCCAGGCUACAGUCUUCAUCUCAAGAAAAGAUUUUUGCGACAUUGCCUUUUAACUUCAAAACGUGUAAAGCUGUACUGAUUGACUCUGGAUCUAACGUGCUUAAAAUUUAAUGCUAAAAGUUUACACAUUUCAGGAUUAAAAAUGGUGCCAAUGGAUUUCAUUUGUAGACAUAGGCAGACAUAAACAGACACAUGCACUCCACAAAUGACUAUUAUAAGGUUGUCAAGUACCACUGUGUAAUUAAAAUGGCACUUUAAGUCCAAGUUCACAAAUAGUAAAAUUGACAUAUAUUCCAUUUGUUUAUCUUGUACAUUUUAUGGGUUUGCCUUGCAGUUCCCCCAAAAGACCAAUACACAUCUUCUGUAAUUGAAUGCAUAGACGUGUCAUAAAUAUGCACCUUUUUGAUGCAGCAAAAAAUGUCUGUUGUAACUUGUAUCUGAAGAAAAUGGUUUCAUGUCAAUAAAUUUAUAUAAUGCA